GACCCACGUGUUUCGUCACGUAAACUGCGCUCUUUGUCGGAAGUUGAGCACUCCGCAGUGUUUCCCGAGGCUCACGCUGCUGUGUCGGCUCGGGUCAUUCAUCACUGUCUCCUUCUGUGAUCAGGUAAAAUCAUGCCGUCAGUUCCUUUGUCCAAAGAGAGCCCCGUUAAUGGGCCGGUGUGUCCGCACGCUGCCAAGAUCCUGAACGGAGACACCAAGCCUUUCCCAGUCAACGGUGUGGAUAAGUCGAAGCAGGAUGUGCCAGCCACAGACGACGCCAGUAGAACUAUUCAGAUCAACACAAAGACUGGCCCUGUGGAGAGGAAAUGGAUCCGCCCUGACCUCCCCAGUCGUUGCACCUGGAGCAUUGGAGGCUCUAAAGCAGACUCUCCCCACACCCAUGUCCCCAAACCACCUAAUCCGUCUAUUCUGCCGACUAUCCUCCACCGUAUUGGAGAUACUCCCCUUGUGCGCAUCAACAAGAUCUCCAAAGCUUUCGGACUCAAAUGUGAACUCUUGGCAAAGUGUGAGUUCUUCAACGCUGGAGGCAGUGUGAAGGACAGGAUCAGCCUGCGUAUGGUGGAAGAUGCAGAGAGAGCGGGGAUCCUUAAACCUGGAGACACGAUUAUUGAGCCGACUUCUGGAAAUACAGGUAUUGGGCUGGCUCUGGCUGCUGCUGUGAAAGGCUAUCGCUGCAUCAUUGUCAUGCCUGAGAAAAUGAGCAUGGAGAAGGUGGAUGUUCUGAGAGCUCUUGGAGCUGAAAUCGUCCGUACACCCACUAGCGCCCGCUUUGACUCUCCUGAGUCUCAUGUGGGCGUGGCCUGGCGUCUCAAGAAUGAGAUCCCAAACUCGCACAUCCUGGACCAAUACCGUAACGCCAGCAACCCUCUGGCCCACUACGACACCACCGCCGAGGAGAUCCUGGCUCAGUGUGAAGGUAAAGUUGACAUGCUGGUGGCCGGCGCAGGAACAGGAGGGACCAUUACGGGCAUUGCUCGUAAACUGAAGGAACGCUGCCCUAAUGUCAAAAUUGUUGGUGUUGACCCAGAAGGCUCUAUUCUCGCUGAGCCAGAGGAGCUUAACAAAACCGACAAAACUCAGUAUGAGGUAGAGGGCAUUGGGUACGACUUUAUCCCCACAGUCCUCGACAGAUCAGUUAUCGACAUGUGGUACAAGUCCAACGAUGAGGAGUCUUUUAACAUGUCUCGAAUGCUGAUCAGAGAGGAGGGACUUCUGUGUGGAGGCAGCUCUGGCACGGCUAUGGCUGCUGCAGUGAAUGUUGCCAAAGAACUAAAAGAAGGCCAGCGCUGUGUUGUGAUCUUGCCAGAUUCCAUUCGAAACUACAUGUCCAAGUUUCUGAGCGAUAAGUGGAUGGUUCAGAAGGGCUUCCUGAGUGAGGAGGACUUGAUGGUGAAAAAACCUUGGUGGUGGAACCUGAAGCUGCAGGGUUUAAAUUUGUCAGCUCCCCUCACUGUGCUGCCAAGCGUUACCUGCCAAAGGACAAUAAAAAUCCUUAAAGAGAAAGGAUUUGACCAAGCCCCUGUAGUGGACGAGGCAGGUAUGAUCCUCGGUAUGGUGACUUUGGGGAACAUGUUGGCUUCCAUCCUCGCAGGGAAAAUCAAGAUCUCAGACCCCGUCAGCAAAGUGAUCUACAAACAGUUCAAACAAGUUCGUUUGACUGACAACUUGGGGAAAGUAUCCCGCAUUCUGGAGACUGACCACUUUGCUCUGGUCGUGCAUGAACAGAUCCAGUACCUGACAGACGGCUCCCCCACCUUGAGGCAGAUGGUUUUCGGUGUGGUAACGGCUGUGGACCUGCUCAACUUCGUCACAUACCGGGAAAGGAGAGAGCGCUCUAUUUCGGAAUCGACUGAUGAGAUGUAACUGGCAGCAGACUUUUUUGGUUAUAAACAUACGAGUAGUUUAGACAACAUAAUGGCACUAUGUUUAAAGGUUUAAUUUUCAUCGAGAAUAUGCUAACUUCUGAUUUCUUUCUAUAUUUAAUUUGAGAAUCUUAAAUACAGUAGGCUAAUUAAAAGCAAGUUUGAAGCUAUUUGAAGAUUGCGUGAAAAUGUAGGGCAUUGUUUACUUUGAAGAUUACAUUUGUUAUGAUUUCGGAUUCUGGAGUCAAUGCAAAGUUGUGCUGAAACUUCCUGUAUUCAUUGUGGCCUUUUGUAUGCAUAAACCAUAAUGCAUAAUACAUCUUUUAUUUUGUUACAUAUGUGAACUUUUGCUGUAUAUAGGCAUUUUAUUUUCUUGUUUUUAUUUUCUGCAUUUCUUUCUGUAUAGGCUCUGUAUACCUGUGAGAGAAUAACCUUUAGAUCAGGGCUGUCCAAACUACGGCCCAGGGGCCAAAUGCGGCCCUCAGACCAAUUUUUGUUGGCCCUCGUGCCUCCACCUAAACUCGCUCAAUUGAUCAGGAAGCAUUUUUUUCUUACAAACUGAAGAUAUUCUACCUCUAUAACUUGAAAAAACGUCACAUUGUAUCGUGACGCAGACCUAAAAUAGUCUUCCAAGUCAUAUUAAAGGUACAAUGUCUCUGUCAAACCUGUGUUAAACGCACCGUUUUCAAAAAAGUUUGGACAACCCUGCUUCAACUUGAUCAAACUUGAGUGUGUAUGUGAUGAGAUAAAGGUUGAAAAACACUCAAGGGAGAUGUGGAUGUGAUUUUUUUCUUUUUUUUUUUUUUCUUUUACUCUUUUAGUACAGUAUUUGAGUUUGGAUGCGUCUGGGUUUUCAAUGCAAUGUGCUCUUUUAUGAAUGUAAUGAGUAAAAAUGAAUAAAUUAAUAAAUCUUGA